AUGCGAGCUGUUCGAUUUCACGGAAGGGGUGAUGUUCGGCUUGAUGAGAUUCCAGAGCCAGUUUGUGGUAGCGGGCAGAUAAAAUCAUUCAUUUUUCCGCCUCUGAAGGUCAAGCCCGCAUUUGUCGGUAUUUGCGGAAGUGACCUACAUGAAUUCAUCGGCGGUCCUCAUGCGGUGCCCCAGAAGCCGCACCCUGUCACCGGAGAGAAGCUUCCUACCACCCUAGGACAUGAAUUCAGCGGAACAAUUGAGGAAAUUGGAUCCGAGAUAGUCGAUCUGAAAGUGGGCGAUCUGGUUGCUAUCAAGCCAAACCUGGGUGAUGGGACGUGUCGACGAUGUUUAAUGGGAAGAGCAAAUUGCUGUGAUAGCCUGGGUUUUAUCGGAUAUAGUGGAAGCGCCGGUGGCCUAUCUGAUUAUGUUGUUGUGGAUAGAAAGCAUGUGAUUCGACUGCCUGAAUCUAUCCCCUUAGAUAUUGGAGCAUUGGUGGAGCCGCUAUCCGUCGCAUGGCAUGCAGUUAGCCGCAGUCCACUACAGGAAGAUGGCAUAGCUCUGGUCGUCGGGGCUGGUCCUAUUGGACUUGCUGUUGUGCAAGUGCUGAAAGCGCAAGGUAUCAACAAGAUCAUUGUAGUCGAAGUUUCUCAGAAGCGGCGGGAAUUUGCUCUUGCCUUUGGGGGCUCGCACAUUCUCAACCCUUUGGAGGUGGAUGUGGUCACUGAGAUCCGAGAUAUCACCGGAGAUUUCCGCGGUGCAUCCGUGGCCUUUGAGUGCUCCGGCGUACAGGCAGGUCUUGAUACUGCUAUGUCUGGCAUCCGAGUUCGUGGAACGACGGUCAUUUUAUCGUUAUGGGAGAAAAAGCCCGUUAUCGAUGCCUUUGCGAUUGUUCUGGGAGAGAAGCAUGUUGCGGGUGCGGUAGUUUAUGAUGAUGAGGACUUUGAGGCCGUAAUUGAAGCGAUUGCUUCCGGCCAAAUUGCGCCUCGGUCAAUGAUAACCAGUAAAAUCCAGAUGGAUGAAAUAGUGAAGAAAGGAUUUGAAGCCCUCAUCAAUGAGAAAGAUAAACAUGUCAAGAUUCUGGUGGACAUUUCUGCUUAA